GGAGUUUCAGGAGAGCUAGGGUCCAACCUGAGACGAGGCAACUCGGAUCAGGUCCCACGCCAGGGCUACAGAGAGGUCAAGACGGUCACUUUUGAUGAGAACCAUCAGGUUUGACAUUUUUCAUUUUGUUUAUUGCAAACAGUUGUAGCUCACUAUCAUUAUAAAUUGUCCUGGUUGUUCACUAUAAAUAUUACUGGUAAUCACUAUAAAUGAUACUGGAAAAUACUAUAAAUGGGUAUGGUAGAUCACUAUAAAAUAAAACUAGUAGUUUUUGUAAAGAAAAUCUUUUUCUGAGAGCCUCUUCACAGAAAGGCAAUUAAUGUAAAAACAGAUUUUCUUCCAUAAACAUUUGUGUUAGUAGUUAUCUACCUACACUUGUUGAGUCUCAUCUUGAAAGGUAAUUGAGUACAGCUGUAUUACAUGCUUAUGAAUGGAAAUUUUUAAAUGAGGUUACCCGGUGCCCAAAAGACCGUAACCAGCUUGUAUUUACCUCCAUGUCAGGUGGAGGAAACCCCUCUCAUGUUCAGCCGGAGCAGCUCCCCCGAGUCACUCAGCAGUUUCGAUACGCAGUCUGUUCAUAGCUCCGUUAUCAGUGAGUACAGCCGAAGAGCCAGCGAGGUGGUCUCCCCCAGCGACAUCCCAGACUCACCCUCCGAGUCCAUGCCGUCGAGUCCAAGAAGAACUCACUCCCCGACACGCAGGCUCAAAGAGUUCUCAUCGACGCCCAAGUCUCUGAUCACAGCCAAGCAGCUGCUGGACUUCAACCAGACCCCCAGCACACUCAAGUCAGAAGCUUUCAUGAGUUUUGCUGCCUUCGAU